AUGCAUCUUGCGUUCUGGGCGGCCGUGCUCGCAGUCGCCUUAACAAUAAGGGUCGCCGUCGACGGAGGAGAUGAGGCCACGCUUCUCAGGCUGCCGCCGAAUGGCACCGCCGGCCGGAGCUUGCUCCAGAUCAAGAAAAAUUGCCCGGUGAACUUGGAGACGGCCAACUACACGGAGGUGACGAGCCGGUGCAGGGGCCCCGUGUACAACGAGUCGCUGUGCUGCGCGGCGUUCAGCGACUUCGCCUGCCCCUACGGCGCAUACAUCAACGACAUGACCACCAACUGCGCCGCCACCAUGCUCAGCUACCUCCGCCUCUACGGCAGGUACCCGCCGGGCCUCUUCGCCAACACCUGCAAACAGGACCUGCGAAAGGGACUCCGGUGCCUCGAGGAGGAAAUCAGCGGCGGCGCCGUCGUCGGCGCAGCUCAAGUGCCUCCCCUCGUCGACACCGCAUUCACCUCUUGCGUCUGCAUCCUGAUUAUUAUGCUUUCCUGA